ACUAUACAAGUCUCUACAAAAGAUUUUGAGAGAGAGAGAGAGAGAUUAUAUAUAGGAAUAGUAACAUGUUCAUGUACUACUUUAUUCUCUUCUUUAUCCUUCGCCUUUCCACAGCCCAAGGCGAUUGCACUCCAACAACAUGCUCCGAUCGCGGUCCUACAAUCCGCUUCCCAUUCCGUCUAAAGAACCAACCACCUCAUUGCGGCUAUCUCGGGUUCGAUCUCUCUUGCUCUCCAAACAACACCGACACUCUCCUCAACCUCCCCUAUUCCGUCCAAGUUCUAGUCACCAAUAUCGAUUACAAAUCCCAAUUGAUUCACAUCGAAGACCCCAACAACUGCUUCCCACAACAGCUUCAAAACCUCAGUUUGUCCACCACUCCCUUUCAAUUUGUUGGUUAUCAGAACAAUUUUAGUCUAUUCAGUUGCCCCCCUUCAACGAAUCCGGAUUUCUCGUUUUUGAUGAUCCCUUGCCUCGGUGGCGAUGGUCGUGAAGUUCGUGUCGGGCGCGAUGACAGUAUCAAGUAUGCACCCCCCCAGCUCAUAUCGUGCAGAAAGAUGUUUAAUGUUCCGUCGGUUCCCUAUGAGGUGUUUGAUCAAACACCUCAUCUGCAGUUGAAAUGGCUCCAACCGGUUUGCGGAGAAUGUGAGGCGAAAGGAAAGUUUUGUAGGUUGAAGAGGAACAGCACGAGCGAUGAAAUUGAAUGCUUUGGCGACCUCAAUCCACUUACAAAAGGUCAUAACUUGGUGAUUGCAGGUGAGACUUUAGGCCCAUUUCUUCUUCUUGUAAUCCUCGCUGCAAUGUUUUGGUUCUAUAGACAAAAGAAAAUAAAGAGAGAAGAUAAUCUAAAGAUUGAGAGGUUCUUGGAGGAUUAUAGAGCUUUGAAGCCGGCAAGAUACUCUUAUGCCGAUAUCAAGAAAAUCACAAAUCAAUUCAAUGAGAAAGUAGGCCAAGGAGGAUAUGGAACAGUGUACAAGGGACAACUUUCCAAUGAUGUUUAUGUUGCAGUUAAGAUUCUCAAUAGCACUAAGGAAAAUGGGGAAGAUUUCAUCAACGAAGUGGGAAUAAUUGGUACCAUCCACCAUGUCAAUGUGGUUCGCUUGGUUGGAUAUUGUGCUGAUGGAUUCAGAAGAGCUCUUAUUUACGAGUUCUUACCAAAUGAUUCCCUAGAAACGUUUGCAUCCUCUGAUCACAGGAAGCGUUCACUUGGUUGGAAGAAGCUGCUAGAAAUUGCUAUGGGCAUAGCCAAAGGAAUUGAAUAUCUUCACCAAGGGUGUGAUCAACAAAUCCUUCAUUUCGACAUUAAACCACAUAACAUUUUGUUGGACGAGAACUUGAAUCCGAAGAUAACGGAUUUUGGUCUAGCAAAGUUGUGUUCAAAGGAACAAAGUGUUGUAUCCAUGACUACUGCUCGUGGUACCAUUGGCUAUAUUGCACCGGAAGUGUUCUCUAGGAACUUCGGGAAUGUGUCAUACAAAUCAGAUAUUUAUAGUUUCGGAAUGUUGUUGCUUGAAGUGGUUGGAGGGAAAAAGAAUUUUGAUGUAAUGGUGAGUAGCACAAACCAAGUAUACUUUCCAGAAUGGAUUUACAAUUGUUUAGAAAGGGGAGAAGAACUGGGAAUUCAUAUACAGGAUGAAGGAGAUGCCAAAAUUGCAAAGAAGUUAGCAAUUGUGGGACUUUGGUGCAUUCAGUGGUAUCCAGUUGACAGGCCUUCAAUGCAUGUUGUGAUUCAAAUGUUGGAAGGAGAUGGAGACACUCUGAUCAAACCUCCCAAUCCAUUUGCCUCUACAAAUCCAACAAUGACCACGGGACAGGCGAAUGGAAGGCCUUUUACCAGCGAAUUGGAAGUUAUUGUUGAAUCUGAGUGAAAAAUAUAUAACCACUAUUUGUUAUUCAUGGAGAGUAGUCUCUUUCACCAAUUGAUAAGUACGUGACAACUUGAGAUGUAAAAAAAAAGUGAUACGCAACAAAUUUUAGUCUACCGAUGUAUGGCCUUACCAUAAAACUUAUGUUGUGGUUUGAAAUAGGUUAUUUGCCUCCAAGUUAUUGGGUACCAUAUGUUCACGACCAAUUUAUGAUGUUACUUUUAUCGUCUU